UUUGUUUUAUACUAUGUAGUGAUGACAUACUACGAAUUCUUUUGUAAUUCUAAACUAGUUUUCAGGUCCGAGCAAAUAUUGCAUGGGAUAUCAAAACGUGUUGCUUACUGAUAACGAUAUAGAUGAAAUUUUGGAUAGAAUUAAUGAAAGGAGAAAUUUCAUAGCCAUGGGUCGUUCUAGAUAUUUCCCUCAUGCAGCCAAUAUGAAUAAAGUUGCAUGGUCAAAAGAGUUAGCAGAAAUUGCACAGCGCUGGGCUGACCAAUGCGACUCAGCAAUAAGGCCGGAUAGAGAAGAUGAGUGUCGGGAUUUGGAAACGGUUAAAGUAGGACAGAACAUAGCUACAAUCACGGGAGCCAGCAAAGGUAUAAGUUUGAAGAACUUCAUCGAUAUGUGGUUCAUACAAUCAAUGGCAUAUACUGGAAGCGUGACGUAUUAUAACAUGUCAAGAAAUAGUAAGAGCAAUUAUUUUACGCAGUUAAUAUGGGCUACGACGAAGCAUGUUGGCUGUGGCAGAGCGCGUUUUUAUAUUAACCUACAGCCAAUAGAUAGGUUGGUCUGCAAUUUUUCACCUAGAGGUAAUGUGCAAAGACGACCCAUUUAUAUUAUAGGCUAUCCGGGAACGCAAUGUGAGGAGGGAAUGGCUGCUGAUAAUCAGUAUCCUGGUUUAUGCGCAGAAGCUCAAAAAGAUAUCACCGAUCUGCCUUCAUCUACCAGUUUACUACGAAUUAUUUAUUCAGUAUCAAGUGAAAUAGAUCCAAAUAAAAAUAAUUUUAAUACAAUAAAAGAAAAUGAUGCACAACGUAACAGAGCUCAGAAAUUACGACACGUCUAUAACAAUUCUUAUGCGAUGAAGAGAGAUAAUCGUAAUUACUGGGGAACUCCACCAAAUGCUUCAAGACAUCCUGAUGGAUUUUUUCAACAUAGAGAAAGAGGACAUUCCAGAGUAUACCAUGGCCAUGACCAUACUCUUCAAAUGGACUAUUUACACCCAGAACAAAAUAAUAAAAACUUUAGAAGAUAUGACUAUACAACAACACCAACUUUCGAAUUUACGGACGAAUUCUACAGACAUCAUAAUAAUGAUAAUAUUGUAAACAGGAAGUGUACUAGAAAAUUUGAAACAAGCAAUUUAAAUGACUGCUUUACAUCCUCUUGCUUAACUGUAGUGCCAAUCAAGCAGUGCACUCGAGGUCAGAGAAAUAUUUGCGAUCCGGGAAAACAGGGAUGUCAACUUACCACUCAUUCCUGUGAUAAUACAUUACCACAAUGCCAGUGUAGUACGCUUAAGGUAACCUGUGCUACAAAUCCAAAUUACUGUCCUCAAAAUAAUAACUGUAAAUGUCCUAAUGUAAACACUUCAGGAAACUUGUGUUCAGAUAUGAAACGCAAUUUAAACCUGCAAAGAGAAGAAAUUACUACGUAUGGUUUCUAUGAUGAUUAUGAAGGAAUGCGAAGGAAAGCAGAGGUAAAAGCAGAACGUUUAAAACCACUUUUAAAGAUAGAUUAUGACGAUAGCUCUUGGAAAUUAAAUUUAAAUAGACAGAGGAAAUCUACACAUGGAAUUGGAACGCCCCAUCAGCCUAGAGAAAGAGUAAGAAGGGAACCUGAUGAUCAAAGGACUUUCAAACCAUUUUGGCAAGUUGAUGAGUAUAAAAAACAACCUCAGUUAAAAUCAAUACGAUAUACAACAUUGGCAAAUAAAAAAACGCGUAGACGAAGACCAAUGACACCUAGUACACAAAAAAUAAAACUAGUUACAGAGCCAAUCACAAUCGCAAUCAAAGCCACAUUUAAAAACCCGACUGAAAAGUAUUUAUCAUUCGAUGAAUUGCUGCGUUUAAGAAAACUCAAUGCUAGUGAAUAUAAUGCCAGGCGUUCUGAUGAUGCUUCAACAGUAGCCCCAGCGACUGAAGAAUCGAGCACAACUGAAUACACUGCAAAUACACCGUUUGUUCGGUUAAAACAUUGUACUCGGAAACUAACGUGUACAUGGACCGCUGCUUCUUUAGGUGAAAAUGAAGGGAAUGCGGAUAUUGGUAACAGAGGAUCUCGAACACCACCUGGGUAUGUUGAAGGUUGUACGAGAACAUCUACUUGCACUCGCGAUUAUAUGCACAGAAAUAAAAUGGAUACAUUACCAACGCCUAGUACUGAACCUGAGGUGGAAGAAGGUAAUGACGAAGAUUACUGUGAAAAACGGUCUUUAAAUGUGCGAAGACGUGAUUCAAAUCAAGAACUUGUAUCUCAGUCUACGGAAUUUCCUCUUACAAAAACAUUAAAUAAAGCUGUUGAAAGUGACACUGAGCAACAUGAAUACAGUAAUUCUCAAAAGGAAAAAGACGAAUCAGAUUUUGAUUAUUGUAGCUGUGAUGAUGAUUACUUGAGAAAUAAAAGGGAAAGUGAUCUUAAGAGCUCUAUUUAUGGUAGGACAUCUGCAAGAAUUUUAAAAAGAGAAACUGAAAGCUACAAUACUUUAUCUUAUGGCGAUUUAUUUUAUUUAGUUUUGCGCAAAAUUAUAGAAAGAUGGAAAAGAAACAAAAUUACAGUGCAUGGAAAAUGCCUGUGUAACGCUUGCAGUAGGACUACUUACAAUAUCAGGCUACAAUUAAUUAGCACACGAAGGUUCAUAGAAUAA